GGAGGGCAGCGCCUCCCGGCUGCGAGGCGGCCGCGCUGAGGCUGCGGGGCGUUCUGCGCUCCGUUAACAUCCCGCCGGGCGCUCCGCUGCUCCGUUAACGUCCCGCCGGGCUGUCCCGUGCGCGGGACGCCCCGUCCUGCCGGGAGUAAGAGACGCCGGUUUCCCGUUGCGGAGCAAGGCAGCCAGCUGGCGUCUGGCGCUUAGUUGCCUGGUGGCGUUGACAAGCAUGGCGGCGACGGGGGGCGCGGUGAGGACUGAGGCAGUCUCGCCGGCUGGAGGGGGUUUGGUGGUCAACUGGUCAGGUCAAGGAUUGCAAAAACUGGGUCCAACCUUACCCUGUGAUGCUGAAACUCACACUCUGAUUCUGGACAAAAACCAGAUAAUUAAAUUGGAAAAUUUGGAGAAAUGCAAGAAUCUGAUACAGCUCUCUGUAGCCAACAAUCGUUUGGUGCGAAUGAUGGGUGUAGCAAAACUGACAAAGCUCCGGGUGCUAAACUUGCCUCAUAACAGUAUUGGGUAUGUGGAAGGGCUGAAGGAUUUAGUGCACCUGGAAUGGCUGAACUUGGCAGGAAAUAACCUUAAGGCCAUUGAACAAAUUAAUUCCUGUCUAUCUCUUCAGCAUCUUGAUUUGUCAGACAAUAACAUAGCUCAAUUAAGCGAUCUCUCCAAGCUUACAUUGCUGAAGACUCUGUUGUUACAUGGAAAUAUUAUAACUUCACUUCGCACUGCCCCUGUUUGCCUACCUCAGAAUCUGACUGUUUUUUCUUUGGCAGAAAAUGAAAUCAGAGACUUAAAUGAGGUUUCCUUCCUGACUUCUUUUCAUCAAUUGGAACAGUUGUCAAUUAUGAACAAUCCCUGUGUGAUGGCCACGCCUUCUAUCCCUGGGUUUGACUACAGGCCAUAUGUCGUCAGCUGGUGUCUGAACCUUAAAGUUCUUGAUGGAUAUGUGAUUUCUCAGAAGGAAAGUCUGAAAGCAGAAUGGCUCUACAGUCAAGGUAAAGGAAGAUCCUAUCGACCUGGGCAGCAUGUUCAGCUGGUCCAGUACUUGGCUACUGUCUGUCCUCUUAUAUCUACAUAUGGUCUUCAGACUGAAGAGGAUGCCAAACUGGAAAAAAUACUGAGUAAGCAAAGGCUCCACCAGAGGCAGCUGAUGCAUCAAAACCAAAAUGAAGGACCACCUACAUCUUCUACUCCCAACAAAACGCUGCCAGUUACUUAUGAACACAGCAGUCCAGCCCAGCCACCACAGAUAGUUCUUGAAAGUGAACCUAUCAUCCAGAAGAAUUCUUGGGUUGGACCAAGUGCAAAUGAUGAUCAUUCCUAUGCAGUAAAGAACACCUUUCUUCUUGAAAGAAGUUUUCACAAGGAGCUAUACCUUGAAGAUGUACAGACAGAUGAAGACAAACUGAACAGUAGCCUUUUGUCCUCAGAGUCUACUUUCAUGCCAGUUGCUUCAGGAUUGUCUCCUGUGUCUCCUACUUCAGUCCUGGAGGUACACGGAAUCAAUUUGGGCCUAGAUGAUGAUGAUGAUACAGUGAUUGAAUAUGUGAGAGAUGUUAAUAGCGGGGAGAAAGCUAACAAGCAAGAAGCCUCGUGUGUUACAAGAGAGCACUUGAACAGAGCAGUGGGAAGUGUGGAAACCCAAGAGAAUAUAAAAGAGAGUAUACUGUUGCCUUCUGAUCUAGUAACAGCCAGCCUGACUGCUAAUACUAGCAGCUGUUCAGCAUCCUCUGAAGACCAAGUUCUGCAUAGUAACCCCAGCACCUCAGUAGGUGCUGAAUCAGAAGUUGCAACUCCCUGUCCUGACCAGAUGACUGGAGAAAGUUCUGAUUCAUUAGGUGUUAUCGAUCGAGGUGCAGCUGAUCUGCAAAGAAUGGCUAAAGCAGCUACCAAGCUUCAAGCCUGCUGGAGAGGAUUUUACACGAGGAACUACCAUCCCCGAGCCAAGGAAGUGCGGUAUGAAAUUCGACUAAACAGAAUGCAGGAGCACAUCAUUUGCUUAACUGAUGAAAUAGAAAAACUAAGAAAAGAAAGAGAGGAAGAUAAGAUUCAGAGGCUUGUACAGGAGGAAGCUGUCAGAUUUCUUUGGAACCAGGUUAAAUCCCUUCAACAAUGGCAGCUUUCAGUGACACAAAAUUCAGGUGCCAUAUGGCAACCUGGGAUGCCUUCAGCCAACGCUUCCUAUCCAUCUGAACCAUCUAUUCGAUCACCCACACUUGAACAUGAAACCCCACCAGAUGUUAGUUCUGCCUGGUUAGUUCCAGCUAGUGAUGUUCUUCAGGAAAACUCUUUGUUGCCGUUCCCAGAUUCUGGUUUUCAUUCUUCUGUGGCUGAUCAGGCUCAUGCCAGCGAGUUGUGUAGCUCUGAAAAGAGUUUAAGGGAAGGAACUGAGAGCUCUCUUUCAGUGGAAACAGUCAAACAAUGUGGCAAUUCUGUGUCAGCGUUUUCCUCGGAUGUAGAGGAUGUCCAUGGGGAAUGUGGGCACAGUGAAGAGAGCUCUAGUAAUGAGCAGGACAACAAGCUAAUACAACAGUAUUUGAAAUCUGUUCAGCAGCUGGAAGAGGCUGAUGAAGGGACAAAUUGCAAUGAUGCAACAGAGGGUAACUGGCCACAAAUUGCUGUUUCAGCAGAUAACCAAGAUACUUCGUCAGACAGUGUCUCUGUAGGUCUUCCUCAAGAUACAUCUUCCCCUGCCCGAGGUGAAAUCAGUCAGACACCAGAAAGCUGCAAACUGAAUUCGGGAUUAGUAGAAGGGAAGCAAACGGACUGUGAUUCUUCGUUUCAGAUGCUGCAUGUUGGGAUAGCUGUGUAGUAGGCUCAGUUCCAUGAAAACCUAGGGAUUCCACUUCACUCUCCUUUCUCCUUCCCAUUUGCACAAAACUUAUUUUUCAUGUGUGCUGUUUCAGAUUUUGACUCAUGUUACCAAUUUAUGUUUAAAUUAGUAUUUUAUGGAUGUUGCUGAGGACUGACGCUAACUACGCUAAACUGAAAUCAGCAAAGUCCUUAGUGACAGUCGUUAUGCACUUUAUUUUCAAACAUAAAACUGAUACCCUAAUAACUGGCUUCCAUUAAAUUAAGUCUGAAGAUUGGGGGUGUUUGGGAUGGUGGUGGUGUUUGCUGAAUUCACUUUGGUGAAUGUGUUAGCAAGUCUUUAAAUUUUUUUCUACAAAGUGGAAUGGUGUCCCUCCUUUACAAAGAGAAAGAAACAACAUGGGAAGAGAUGGAGUCAGCGUAGGCUGUGUUGUUUACGGAUACAGCCUGAUGAGAAACAUGAAAGCAGUUGCCUUUCAGACUUCUUUUGACUUUAACAAGAGUAGUUUGGUCAGUGUUUCAAAGAUGCGUUCCAUGAAACCAGUGUCCAAGUCAAUGACUUUUUUUGUCAUUUACUCAAAGCUGCUGGCUAGGAAUUUGGUCACUUACACACUGCAACAAGGACUUACAGGAGUGGGACUUUAGGGAGCUUCAGGCAACCUUUGACUUUUGUUUGCCCUGAGGUUGGAUGUCCCUGCUUUCUCAGGUAAGACUCAAAGUGGAACCAGUAGCAAACUUUACUAAAUAAGAAUUUCAAAAGGGCGUGUGAUCUGGAACACAGUUUCAAAGACUGCACUGCUGGGUUACAGCAGCAAAUUUGUGACACAUGUUUUGCCUCCACAAGGAUGUUAUUGUCACUGUGGGGCAUUAGCGUGUUUGAUGGAUCACAACUACUAUCUACAGGUAUAGAUAUUAAAAGUAAAUGCCACGACUUGAAACUAUUUCUUGACAUCUCUGUUGCUUUGGGUUUUUUGUGUUUUCUCUGUAUGUCCGGUAUUUGAUAUUCUAAUUAGACAUGGAUAAAAAGCUCUAUUUCUCCCCUGUUGGCAAAUGGGCUAAGUUACCUAGGCUGUGCUUUCCACUUGAACACCGGGCAAACAGCAGGGUUUGUAUCUUGCCUAGCCAUUGCUAUGUUGGGGUUUUUUAAUAGAAAAAGUUCAGAUAUCUUAGUGUGCCACAAAAGCAGCAAGGGAAGUCUAAUUUGCCAUGCAAUCUGUGAUGGACACUAGUAGAAUAAAAGUUGAUGUUGUGACUUCUAGGGGUCAGUUCAGUUUGCUAAUGCUGCAUUUUGCAAUGUGUACUGGAAGGCCAGUGUUUCAGUAGUUUGCUAACACUAGCUUCUCAAAAUGUAAAGACACAUGCAUAUUAUAAUUCUCUGAAUCCACGUGUUAACUUCUGGUGCUAUAGUGUCAUUAAAAUCAACUAGUGCUGUUUUGAAGUGACUCUUAUGGCCAUGUUAUCAUGCAAAAUAGUUUUUGUAAAAGCUUUGCUGCUUGUCUACUUAUGUUCUUAGGUGAAAUUUACUACUACUCAGGAGGUUGACACAGGGCGAAUAUCCAUCUGAGGCCUCAAAAUAGCCUUUAUUUAGAACAUCAAUGGUGCAUUGGACUUGUACCAGCCAUCUGCCCAGUGGUGUAGUUCACCUUGGAAGAAUAAAGCUUGCCUCUGCAUAGAGUGGCCAUCAUCUCUUUUUCCCUAUCCUGCAAAAAAGAAGUUCUGGGGCACUUUUGAAAAAGAACUGUCAAAGCCCAACAACUAAGGUCAUAGAUUCUUAAUGUGCUCUUUCUAACUCAGUCUAGUUACCACACACUUGUAACAUAACCCUGUUCGUAACUGAAUGUUAGAGCAUGCGUAUGCUUGGGUAUUGAAAGUGGUACAGGUGCAUUAAUCUAUCACCACAUUUAAUUAACAAUGUGUAGUCUAAAUGAUCAUACCCUUGUCCUCUGAAGGUUCUCAGCUUGGAUUUAAGGCCACCAGGCUUGGAGAUCUCUGCAGUUUGUAGGAUUUGGCUCCUUGACUGUCAAUCUGUUACCAAAAAAAAAAAUAUCUUGUGUAAACCUUUAAAGAGGCUUUCUUUGGAUUUUGAGAGAGAAGUUAUUUAUGUCCAAUGGUUAUUGGACUUCUACACUCUGGAGGUAGUGGUUAGGUGUAAUAAUAAGUUCUCUUUCGUGGCAGAGUGCUGUACUAGCAUGUGACAUGUACUAGACCACGGAAUAAAAAUGUUUCACUUCCUGAAGACACUGAGGGACCAUAUGUAUUUUGCUACUUUGUAUUAUUGUCACUUUUGCUGCAGAAUAGAAAGAGAAGAAACAACCGAUUUUGGAGAUGCCAAGGGGGAAAACUUUGUGAAACGUAGUUUUUCAUGGAAGCCCUAGAUGUUCCUUGACAUUUCCUCUGUUACUAGAGCUUGCAAAUACAAACACAGGAUGACUUUUUUAACUAAUAUCUAGGUCAACUGUUAGCUUUUUUUGAUUUGUAACCUGUAUAUCCAAAAGUGAUUUUAUGAAGGUACAGUGAGGUGUGUACCAACAUACAAAUCAGCUUUGUCUUGCUCUUUUGGGGAAGCUGUGAAAUAGGAAAGCUUUUUUUUCUUUUUUCUGAUGUUCUGAAAAGUAUCUUGCAUGUGUAGAAGGCGAGUUGCCUAAAUAUAGUGAAAUCACAAAGAAUGAAGACGUUUUGGAUAAGUUUUUACAUUUACAGGGUUAAAUGUAAUUAGUUUGUAUAUACACAAAAUAUUUUCAUCCUGACCAUUAAAAUACAUACAGGGAUAGUGUGAAAAAUAAGGAGUCAAAUGGGAUGUGUACUUUAAAAAAUGGCUUUUUUUCAGUGUGUUUUAAGCUCUCAAAAGAAUUGUGAUAUGAAAAUACCAUAAUUUAACAUAGGGCUUAACAUUUGCUCUUUGUCUGUGUGAGUUUUCUUAAUCUAGUUAUGUAAUAUUCUUUUACCUGGAUAGGAAUGCACUGCUCCCUUUCGAGGUGUUGGACAUUUCAUAAAGGAAUCAGAAGGCCUAAUAUAAGAAAAUCUACAUCUGAAAUUUUUCUGUAUUAAUAUUGUAUGUCUUUCAGCAUUUUCAUUUCACAAGGCUUCUUAUUAAACAGAAGAAUGUACUUGUAGAAGGAAAGCUUGUCUGUUGUACUUUGUGCUGGACUGAUGCUCCAGUGCUGAUGGAAGAGAUUACUAAUGGUUGUUUGUCAGGCAAUGUUGUCAGUUCUGCUGUGAGUACAGUUCAAGUGCUGCUUUGAUCUGCUUCAGAAAAACCAGCUAAAUGUAGCUCAGAUGAACUAUCUGAACUGUGGCACACUAGUUUUGCCCAGAUGAGGUGGUUGGCACGUGCAUACCUGUUUCAGCUAGUCUAUGGCAGAAAUUACUCUUUUUGCCUGCUUUUCUGAAGCUAGGGAUGAGGAGGAAGGUGGAAAUGCAUAUAGAUGUGUUUUUCAGGUUUAAUCUGUAACCAUAAGGCCAGCUCUCAUAUAGUUGCUCUUUCACUUUUCUCCUAAUUAUUUUCAUAGUUUACACAUUUCAAUCUUCCACCAUGUAAUCAAGAAUGCAUUUUUCUCUACUGCAGAUAAUAUUUGAUAGAUGCUGUUCCAGGUGGUAUUUGGAAAGGUAGAAGAAUAUCAUGAAAGCAGGCCUGUUCACAUUUUAUAUUUAAGGUUUUUUUGAGGUACUUGGAUUGUAGUGAUUCCUCUGUUAGAUAACUUCUUUACAAAAGAAAAACACAAAGCAGUGCCUCAUUAGUGACAGUAAGUAAAUUUCUGUUUCUGCCUCUUCCAUGAACUGACCUUAAUGUUCACAACUCUUGUUUUUAGUACCUAAAAUCUGUCACUUAAAUGAAUGGGAUAUUUAGUUGCUGAAUGAAUGUAGCAGCUGUAAUGUUUGUUGGUUUGGGGGGUUUUGGUGGUGGUGGUUUUUUUGAGUUUUUUGUUUGCUUGUUUGUUUAUUUUUGUAGUGACUACUCCUCUGUGGUGCUACCUGUGGCAAGGAUGGAAAUUUUUAAAAGGUACUGAACAACAGCCUAACUCUGCUUUCAUAUCCGUAAAAGAAGCAGGGUCAUGCUUGAGUCUUUGUGAACUGGCUGUCUAAAUUGGGAUUUUUAUCUUAUUUACAUCUCCAGAAGUGUUCUUAUACCACAAAGCAAGAAGGCAUUAGAACUGCAAACUUCAUUUUGUUGCUUCUAAAACACAAAUAUCUUACAGCAGAUACUUGAGAAAGUCCUCCUUAAACUCUCAGAAGCCUAGAGUUUGUUUAUAGUUCAGUUCCUUAAACAACCAUAGAUCUACUAUUUGCAUGCAGUAAUUUAAAUAAUGCACUUAGCAGCCAGACUGUAUAUAAUAAGUUUGGGGUUUUUUUCUGAGUAAUGUUUGUAUGUCACUGAGCCUGCAGAUUGUUCCUGUUUUUUAUGAAUUUGUAUAUAUUGUCCUGAAGAACACUAACCUUAAUUUCUACUUGUAGCAGGCUCUUUGAAGAACAAAAAUGGAAGAUACAUUCCUUUGACUGCUUGGUACUUUUUUAGGAGAUUUGGAGUUACAGUGUGUCUCACGCAGAUACACCUUUUCCUGAGAGAAUAGAAUUGUAGCAUUUAGCAGAGAUUAAUAUUAAAUGUGAAAACUGGCCAGUUCCCCAGCUUUUAGCUAGCGGAGAAGAUGCUUCCCCCCGCCUCCACCUUGUAUUAACUUUUUUUUUUUUCCCCUUGAGGACUGUGCCACCCAAAUAAGUAAGGAUCAUGUAUUCAUGAAGUCUUUCAAAAAGUCUUUUUUUAUAGUUACAGGGGUUUCCCCCAGUUUGGCUUUCUAGGGCAAGUUACUGAAAAACACUUGCUUUCUAUAUGCCUGCCAAAAAGUUGGGACUUUCUAUUUUUAAGUGCUUUCUUUAUGUCGUUAAUGGAAAAAGCACAGGAUCCUUUACGUGCAAAAGCAUAAAACAGUAUUUGUCAGGAAAGGUGCUUUACAUCUUGGAAAGUGCCACACCAAAUUUUAUUGUAUGAGAGCUUUCAAUAAGGAACUUCUUUUCUGGCUUCAUUACAUUUAUAAGUAUAUGGGCCAAAUUCACUUGUAGCGUAAUUCCACUAAACUAAGUUUUGUUGAGCCUUUCACAGUAGUAUUCUACCUCUAAACCAGAAUCUGAAAAAAAACCCAAUUAGGCAUUGAAUUUGUCUUUCUGCUUCUCACUAUUUUCUGUGAAGAAUGGUGGGUGGUUAAAUUGGUACAGUUCAUGUAUUUUCUAGAAGUGUUUACAUUUCUGGAUUUGUUUCUUAAAUAUUUUGUUUGUACCUGAGUUUUGAAUUCUGAAUAAAUGAUUUGUACGUUUAUUGAAAA